CAAACGCUAUUCACCCCCCCUCUAGCGUUGGUCAUUUAUUCUAACAAUUGGUAUUGGAGCCUAACUCGCGUCCAAAUUUAACCGUUUGAUAGAAAAGCGAUCAUGGGUUCUUCUUCUAGAAAUCUUUAUGCAGGGAUUGGAGAAGGUCAAUCAACCUCUAGGCCACCGCUCUUGGAUGGCACUAACUACACGUAUUGGAAGGAGCAGAUGAGAAUCUAUAUCCGCUCAACCAACUUCCAAUUGUCGUUGGUCAUCAAGAAUGGCUAAGAGAUGCCAAUGAAAAAGGUUGGAGAAACACUCGUCCCAAAAACUGAGGACGAAUUUGAUGCCGAAGACAUCAAAAAGGUAGAGAACUAUGCAAAGGCCAUUAACAUGCUCUACUGCGCGGUCAAUCCCGAUGACUAUCGUAAAAUCUACUGCUGCACAACCGCCAAGGAGAUGUGGGAUAAGCUCGAGGUAACAUACGAAGGCACGGACCAAGUUCGAGUAGCCAAAAUUGACUUCCUCACGCAUGAGUACGAGUUGUUCAAGAUGAAAGAAGGCAAGAAAAUCGACGACAUGUUCGAUCGCUUCUCGAAGAUCAUCAAUGAUCUUCACGCCCUCAAGAAGACGUACGCCAACAGGGACCUCGUGAGGAAAAUCUUGCGGACCCUCACCCCCGAAUGGAGAUCAAAGGCCGAUGCCAUCUAUGAAUCCAUUGGAGUCUCCAAUGUCACCAUCGACGGUUUAAGAGGUAAUUUAAAAACUUAUGAAUCUACUAUUCUAACUGUAACACCCUAAUCCGUCCAGGUCUGCAGCCCCUUUCGGACUAAAGUAUAAACUUGGUAUUCGUAAACAUUCAAAAUAUUUCAAAUAUUUAAAACUUUAUUUCAUAAUAAAUAAUUAAAAAUAGUAACGGAGUAAUUUAAUGUUGCGGAAGCUUAAUAAAACAUAAUACAGACAUAAUUAAUUU